UUAGUAAAUGUAUUUGUAUUUGUUUAGGAGUACAGCACGGCCAUGGGCCCUGACGGUAAUUGGCAAGGGGUCUUGGGGAUGAGCGGGAGAGUCCUGCCGAUAGGUUUCAGCACAAAACGUCGACUGUGGUCUUUUCCAUAGAUGCUGCCUGACCUGCUGAGUUCCUCCAGCAUUUUGUGUGUGUUGCUCAGAUUUCCAGCAUCUGCAGACUUUCCCUUGUUUAUCGAACCUCUCAUCAUGGAGAUGCAGGAUCCUGGGAUUGGCAUCAAAACACAAACCCAGAGGCUGAUGAUCACCACCAUUCCUCAUGCUAUGACAGGAAAUGAUGUGCUGGAGUGGCUGAUUCAUCGUCUGCAGAUCACAGAUGAAGAAGGCAGCCUAUUGGGAAAUCUACUUGUGAAACUUGGCUACAUCUACCCUUUACAGGAGCCCAAGAACUUAGUCCUGAAGCCAGACAACAGUCUUUACAGGUUCCAGACUCCAUACUUCUGGCCCAGUCAGGAGUGGCCAGCAGAGGACACUGACUAUGCAAUUUAUUUGGCAAAGAAAAAUAUCCGUAAAAAAGGCAUGUUGGAAGAAUAUGAGAAGGAAAAUUACAACCUCUUGAACAAAAAGAUCAAUCAUAAGUGGGACUUCAUCAUCAUGCAGGCGAAGGAGCAGUACCGAGCAGGCAAAGAACGUAAGAAAGCGGAUAGGUUCGUUCUGGAUUGUCAGGAGAGAGCCUAUUGGCUGGUGCACAGACCAGAGCCGGGCUCCCUGGAUGCACUGGAGUAUGGCAUUAACCGAGCCACUGACCCUAAUGUGAAUAAGGUAGAACAGAGAAAGACUUACGACUCUUACAGGAGGGAGAUCAUGUACUAUCAACAAGCCCUGGUGAGGUCCAGAGUGAAGUCCUCCGUCUCACUGGGAGGCGUUUUGAAAUAUUGUGAACAGUAUUUCACCCAUGACCCCAUAAUGUCAGGGUGCCUUCCCAGCAACCCCUGGAUUACAGAUGAUACAAUGAUCUGGGAGCUCAACACCCCGAUGGUGGAGAACCCGACCAAGCUACGGGUGGAGAGGUGGACGUUCGGCUUCCGCGAGCUGAUGCGGGACCCUAGGGGCCGGCAGAACUUUGAGCUCUUCCUCAAGAAGGAAUUCAGCGGAGAGAAUCUGGCCUUCUGGGAGGCUUGCGAAGACUUGAAGUACGGAGAGCAGUCAAAGGUCAAGGAGAAGGCCGAGGAGAUCUACAAGACCUUCCUGGCACAGGGAGCAAGACGCUGGAUAAACAUCGAUGGCAGGACCAUGGAGAUCACAGUGAAGGGGCUGCAAAACCCUCAUCGCUAUGUGCUGGAUGCUGCCCAAACUCACAUCUACAUGCUGAUGAAAAAGGAUUCAUAUCCACGUUUCUUGAAGUCCCCCAUUUACAAGGAGACACAAAACAAGGCGUUGGUUCCUGAGGAGACCAAGCAGAAGAGCAACUUCCCCUUCAUGAGGAGGCAGCGGCGCUCGAGCCCCAGCCCUGUGGUCCUGAGGCAGCUGGAGGAGGAGGCGAGGGCACGGGCAGCGGCCAGCACCAAGGUGGUCGACAUCACGCAGAUCUGCAGAUUCACAGCUCCUGUUCCCAACCUGACAGUGUAUACAGGAUCAUGUCAUUCACCGAGCCCUUCCUCAUUGGAUCCCGGCAAUGGUGACCUUUCCUUCUACUCCCCCAGAUACACCUCGCUGCCCAACUGCGCCGCCUGCUCCUCGCCCAUCAGUGUUGCCUUAGACACUAACCCAGCACUGGAGGGCAGGCGGGAGCCAAGUAACGCUGCUCCCUUGGUAGCGGAAAGCAUCGAGUCGACCUUCGGGUCCAAACCCGACAGCUGUAACCAGAGACCUGCGUCCGCGGAAACCAAAGCUUCUCCGAAAUCCAAAAUGACGCUGUCCUUCAGUAGGUUUCUGAAGCGGGGUUGUGCAAACUCCCCGGUGUUUGCAACUUUGUCCCCAACGUGCAUCUCGCUGAGCAAUGGGAAGAUCCAGCCUUUAAACAGUGACGAAAAACAGACAAAGCAGAAGCCAAGGCGAGUGUCCAACUUUUUCCAAAUCAAAGUCGACAUUCCAUCUGAGUGCAGAAUUUACCCCAUCGACUCCGAGGAGGAGAAUGAGGACAGUCAGCAUAGUGGAAAAGACUCGACCAAGGAGGUCAUCUGCCCGUGGGAGAAUGUCGUUGAGGAGAAUAAAGCAGGGUGAGGGAAACUCAGUGUGGAGCCUAGUGUCUUAAAGUGUCAGACCCAUUUAGUACUAGCCUGUGCUGAACUCUACUUCUGCAUAGUCCCAUCGAUCCACACCUUCAUACCUCUGUAUUUUAUCCAAACUUCUCUUAAAUGUUGCAAUCGAGCCCUUAUCCAGCACUUCCACUGGCAGCUCAUUCCACACUCUUUCUGCCUUCUGAGUAAAGAACUUCCCCUUAUAUAUUUUACUUUUUACCCUUAACCUAGGACCUCUAGUUGUAGUCUCACUCAACCUCAGCAGAAAAAGCGUGCUUGCGUUUACCCUCCUCAUUCUCCUGCACUCCAGGGAGAAAAGUCCUAAUCUAUUCAACCUUUCCCUAUAAGUUCUUAAGUCCCAGCAAAAUCCCUGUAAAUUUUCUCAGUACUCAUUCAAUCUUAUUGAUACUUUGCCUGCAGGUAGAUGACCAGAUCUGCACACAAUACUCCAAAAAUUUGGUCUCCAGACUUCUGAGGGACCUAACGGCUUGAGUUGCCUUGAUGUCUGUAGAAGAAGGCCGAACUCUUCAAAUUCAUCGAUGGAAAUUGCUAAAGGAACAGCUGAACCUAGAAUGUCAUUUAUUUGUCCAUUCCUGCAUUCUCUCCUUUAACUAUCAUAAUCCCUCCAUUUUAUUCCUCUCGAAAUGGCAAUCCCAGCUCCCAAAUUAGGGCUUCCAGGCCACAGGCCACUGCUUUAGUCACUGAAACAAAAUAGCUUUCCGUGCAGAAAUAAUCUUUAGAGGAAGAGAGAAAAUAAAAAAUAUAAUGGAAAUCUGAAAUAAAAUAAAAACUGCUGGAAAUGUUCAGCAGGCCAGCCAGCAUCUGUGGAGAGAGGAGAGACAACCUUUCAUCAGAUGAAAGGUUACCAACAUGAAAUAUUAACUCUCUCUCUGUCUCUCUGUCUUCACAGUUUGCCUGAUCUGUUGAGUACUUCCAGUCUUUUCUGCUUCUUAAAAGAAAAGACAUGAUGCAAUGUGUCUUGAUGCCUAGAUGAGAAACUUCAUCUUAGGCAUCAAGAGGGCAAAGUCCACCCAUCCAUAAAGAAUUCAGGAACUCCUGUCUACGCAAGGAAAAACAGGGUUGACUGUACCUGCGACACCUCCCUCCCCAACAAUGUAAACAAUCUUUAUGCACCCUUUGAGGCAAACAACCACAAAAGCUGCCCCCCCCCCCAGGUGAGCAGCCAUAGUCUGUAACAGCAGACCGCAUGAGAAGGACUCUGCGGAGAGUCAACCCUCCGUACGGCGGCCGGACCAGCAAAGUCCCAGGCUGAGAACCCGGGGCUGUGCACACCAGCUCACAGACAUCUCCAACACUUCACUCAUCCAGGCUUCUGUCCCCACAGGCUUCAAAUCAGCCACCAUCAUCCCUGUACCAAAGAACUCUACACCUUCAGAACAAAAUGACUACCGCCCAGUGGCACUGAUGCCAAUCAUUGUGAAGUAAGUUGAACGGCUGGUAAUGGCACAUAUGAAAAACUUCAUUCCUGCCACAUUAACAAUACGCUUACCAGCAGUAACGCUCUAUGACAGAUUCCAUAGCAUCUGUCAUGCACCUGGCCCUGACACACCUAGAAUACAAGGACACUUUUGUCAGAAAACUGUUUCUGGAUUUCAGUUUGGCAUUCAACACCAUUGUCCCACAGAACUUGGAGAACGAACUUUUAUUCCUCAGGCUUGGUCUAAACACACUCUUGUACAACUUCCUAAUGAACAGGCUUCAGGUAGGCAGGUUGCACAACUGCUCCCCCUUUCCCAUCAUCCUCAACACAGGUGCCCCCCAGGGCUGUGUGCUGAGCCCAUUGCUCACACAGACCGCACGGCCAAGCACCCAAGUAAUCACUGAUGACAUACAGUGGUGGGGAUCAUCACCAACAGAGAUAAAAUGCCCUACAGAGACGAAGUGGAAGAGCUUGAGGCCUGGUGCCAGACAUAUAACUUCUUCCUUAAUGUCAACAAGAUGCUUAUCGACUUCAGAAGAAUUCACUCCACUCACACACACCCUUCUUUACGUUGGCCGCUGAGCAGUGGAGACUGGGAGCAGUUUCAGACUCCUAGGAGAACACAUCACAAACAACCUCUCAUUGUCCCAGAGCACAUCCUACACAGUCAGGAAAGCUCACCAAUGCCUCUAGUUUCUGAGGAGGUUGAAGAGAGCUGGACUUUGCACAUCUAUCCUCACAUCAUUCUACAGAUGCACAGUAGAGCAUCCUAACAUGUGCGUCACUGCCUGGCACGGGAACUGCACUGUGGUGGACAGGCACGCUCCGCAUUGGGUCGUCAAAACCGCCCAGUGUCACCAGCACCAGUAGUCCCGCCAUCGAGGGCACAUAGACAGAAAGGUGCCAAAAAAGGGCCAAUCACAUCAUACUCUGCUCAUUGACUGCCAAUCCCACUCCUACCAGGGGGGAAGACUAUAUAGCAUCCAUACCAGGAUCACCAGAUUCAAAAACUUUCCUCAAGCAGUAAGGCUGAUCAACAACUCCACCAUGACUUUAUUGUUUCCUGUCAGUCAUCUUACAUAGAGGCUAGUGUCACUUUAUUGGCAAUCUAUGUAUAUAAACUAUUUAUGUAUUUAUAUUUAUUGUGUUUUUAUUAUUGUUGUGUCCUUUAUCUUUUGAGUUUUUUUAUGCUGCUUUGGAUCAGAGAAACAAUUAUUUCAUUCUCCUUUACACCUGUGUACAUGUAAUGACAUUAAACUUUCUUGAAUUAUUUUAGCCAGAAAACAAAUGCACUAACUAGUUAACAGAGGAAGAAAUUGGAGAGAGUUAUUUUUUUCUGGUAAUUACAGUACUGGUUAUCUCAAGCAGUAACUAGUUCACCUCUUUAUCUUCCGGAAGAGAAUGUGAACACAGGCUGAUGAUUGUAGACUGAGCCAUUAUUUUUUAAGAGCCUCUCCUAUUAUAACUGGAAUUGUAACUAUGCUUAUACUCAAUGGCCACUUUAUUAGGUACCCCCUGUUUCUAAUAAAGUGGACACUGAGUGUAUGAUUAUGGUUUUCUGCUGUUGUAGCCCAUUCACUUCAAGGUUCGACAUGUUGUGUGUCAGAGAAGCUCUUCUGCACACCACUGUUGUAAUGUGAUUAUUUGAAUUACUGUCACCUUCCUGUCAGCUUGAACCAGUCUGGCCAUUCUCCUCUGACCUCUCUCAUUAACAAGGUGUUUUUUCACCCACAGAACUGUUGCUCACUGUUUUUGUUUGUUGCUCCAUUCUCUGCAAACUCUAGACACUGAUGUGCAUGAAAAUCCCAGGAGAUCAGCAGUUUCUGACAUACUCAUUCCACCCCAUCUGGCACCAACAAUCAUUCCACGGUCCAAGUCACUUAGAUCAGAUUUCUUCCCCAUUCUGAUGUUUUGUCUGAACAACAACCGAGCCUCUUGACCAUGUCUGCAUUGAGUUGCUGCCACAAGAUUGGCUGAUUAGAUAUUUGCAUUAACAAGCAGGUGUACAGGGGUACCUAAUAAAGUGGCCACUGAGUAUAUAUUCCAACAAACUUUGUCUUAGCUGAACCAGGAAUACCUUGGAAGGAAGUUGUUUUAUUAUAUGUUUCUACUUUUAUAUGGAAUUAUAGAACAGAGUAGUGUCUCGUGGUGUUUGUUAACUCACCAGUACAGUCCGGUUGUUGUUCAAAUGUAACAUGUACAAAAAUGUGUGUAAAUGUUUAUUAAAGAGCGAAACAAAACCUUUGCUAUGCACUUUUGCUCUCUGGCUUUAUCAUUGCCUGGCAUAUUCAUAGGUUCCAGGUAUAGUUAUCAAUCAACUUCGAAAGUAGAACUGUACAGCACAUUACAGGUCACUUAGCC